GAUCGUGAAUCAGACUUACUGGGCCCAAGAUGCGGCUAACGAAUCAGUAAGCUGGGCUCAAACUUAUCUCAAUUGGACUAGGAAGUGAAAAAUUGACAUUAAAACAUGUUUAAUUAUAAAAGGAUGUGCCAGGACUUAGUGGGACAUACAUUUUUUUUCUCAAUCCGUUGUCCUUCCCGCAGCGCCAGGGCGACGGCCGUCUCCAUCUCUCUCUCUCUCGUUCGUCCGCUCCUCCUGCUCUGUUCGCCGAUCGGAGAUGCCGUCGAGGAUCGCCAAUCGCCGCCAUCCAUCUCUCUCUCUCUGUUGCUGUUCGUUUGGUCGCUGAAACAGGGACGCUGUCCGCUCGUCUCCGUCGAUCAGGGCCGCAGCGCCGCCGUGACUCGCCGUCCACACCAGCGGUUCCAACUGACGUCCCUGUCCCGUCCCUCCAUCGCGCAUAGCAGGCCCGCGAAACAAGGGGAAAAUUGCAGCGGCCUGUUUCUUUUGAUUCAAGUUGAAUUCGUCUAUUUUCGAGAAAUUAGGGGUUGAACACCACCGGAUUUCAAGGAGACGCCGGCGGCGGAUGUCGGCAGUCCGGUCAAGGCUCCGACAGUGGCUUAGGUUGGUUGUGUGGGAUCCAACUGGGUCCAAUUAGUUCCCAUUGGAUUCAAUUUGGGUCUAAUUGGGUUCAAUCGGGUCUGUUCGGGUGCAAUUGGGUGUAAUCGGGACUGUUUGGACUCAAAUUGAUGCAAUUGGGGCUGUUUGGGAUUGUUCGGGUUGCUGUGAAUCACCCAAUAUGGCUGUUUGGUCGGACCACGGGCUCGGGCAGCUGGGUCGGCUACUGGCGGUGGUGUCGGGGUUGGUUUGGUGACAAUGGGACUGCUCCGGCGGGGGCAGCGGGCUUGAGGAUCGAUUCCUUGGGCUCGAUUCCGCGCAUGUAAGUUGGGUUAAUUGUAAUUUGGGUUUGUUGAUUAUGCAUGACGGUAGUCGUGGGUCUUCGACCCGGAUAUUUCGCUACGUGAUUUGUUGUGAAUUGUGAACUGAGAUUUUAAUUAAACUGAUCUUAUUGGU